AUGAUGAAGAAUGGCCAGCUGAUUUCUUCAAAUGACGCGCGAAGUGCUGGCGGGGACGGCAUCUUCGGUACUUUCAAAGAAACGGAAAAGAUGAAGCAAGAUGCCAUGCGGAAACUGCGGGAGCUCCUUGCAGGUGAAACCCAGCUCAAGUGCCCAGAUAACGAUGCAUUCCUCAUCAAGUUCCUCCGUGCUCGAAAGUAUAACGUUGACAGUGCGUUCAAGAACAUCAAGAAGUACUUCAAAGUACGACGAAACCACCCCGAAUUAUUCGACGAACUGGAUCCAGACUUUGUUCUGUUCGACACUGUGUGCCGGAAGCACAAGCUAGUCACACUGUCCCGAGAAAGAGACGCUAAAGGGAGGGCCAUCAUCGUAUUGAAUCUGGGAACCUGGAACACUGGCAUCUGUAAAUUGGACGAUUUUUUCCGGAUCGGCACAGCCUUGGUGGAACAUUUACUUCUCGAUGAUGAAGUCCAGCUAAAGGGUGUCAUCUUUGUCAUGGACUUUAAGAACCUCGGCCUCUACCAUUCGACCCAGUACACAUUACCAGUCAUCAAGAGGCUAUUGAGCCUUAUGCAGGACUGCAUGCCACUGAGGAUAAAAAGAUUCUACGUUACAAACAACCCUGCUUUGUUUGAUAUCUUGUUCGCAAUAGCCAAGCACUUCAUGAAAACCAAGCUGGUCAGAAGGACUCACCUUUUUGGCACCGACUGGAAUAGGCUACGCAGCUUCAUACCGGAUGACGUCAUUCCAGAGGAAGGCGGCGGCAGGCUCGAAACCUACGACUACGACGCUAUGGAGAGAGACUUGAAGAGCCGGACCGAAUACUUCAAGGAAAUGAGAAGCUGGGGCUACCUGCACAAGCCGAAAGAAUGA